AUGGAAACCAAGAAACUAAAAGAAAAAUUACAUGAGAUGAAGAUCCAAAACUUUACUGAUUCUCAUUCUUCAUCCAAGGAGAAGAAGACAGUGCAAAUGGGAACCAAGAAAAAGAUAGUUACAAAGAAGUCCAAAACUCUCAAAUCUAAGCAUAAUGGAGUGGCUUCAGAUAAUUCAAAGAAAUCUGGAAGCAUUGUACGAAAGAGGGCAAGGUAUAGUGACAUGUAUGACGAUAUUGAAGCCCAAUUUUCGGUUAUGGAGCGAGCAGAUAGAGUGCUGGCUAGUGUAGCGAGUGAAGGCCCUAAUUUUAUCAAGUGUAUGCUCCCAUCAAAUGUUUCUCAUGGAUUUUGGCUGCAUCUGCCUAGGAAAUUCUGCAACCUACACUUGCCGAAACAUGAUUCCACUGUUGUUUUGGUGGAUGAAUGGGGAAAUGAAUACAAAACGUCUUAUUUACUGGAGAGGAAUGGUUUGAGUGCUGGAUGGAAGGGUUUUUCCGUAUCUCACAGGUUACUGAAGGGAGAUAUAUUGAUUUUUCUUUUGGUCGAACCUUGCAAAUUGAAGGUGCACAUAGUGAGAGUUAAUAGCUCAGACGUAGUGGAUGCAGCACUUUGCCUUAUGAAUUUGUAUGCUCGUGGGAGAGGCACGGAUGCGGAUCUCGUGAAGAAAGACAAUAAGAAGCGUAAAAAAGCAACUUCUGUAGACCCUUUUGUGCUUGUAAUAUCUACACCGCCAGAGAAUGUUCAAAGCAAAGGCAAAAACACACCAAAUUCUGUCGUUGAGCCUGUAGCAAAUCAAUAUGAAAGUAGUGGUGAUGGUUUUCGCUCUGAAGUUCUUGAAGGCAUUGACAGCAUGAACGACCCUAAACUCGCCCACUCGAGUUCACCAUACCUACAUGGCCCAUCUGGACAAACUCGCAAAGGGAUCACCUGUAGGUAG